AUGCCAGAAGGGAUAACGAUCCGGACCUUGAAGAAUCCGACUAAGGAGGAGCUGGACGAUGCCGCAGAGGUACUCGUAGAAGCAUUACUCGACAAAUCGAUCACUCAGGCUGCAUGCGGCGGCGAUAAAUCCAAAAUGUUUGCGUUCCACCGCAGUUGCAUAGCUGCUGCUGCAAUUGGAGGUAAACUCGUUAUCGCCGAGACGGACAUGAAACAGGUCAUCGGCGCCGUUACAUACAUGGGCCCCGGGAAAGAGUUGAUGGGCGACGACGAACAACAGGCACAAGGAUUCCUGGACUUUCUAUCAACGCUACCGUCCGACAUAGUGACAUGGUGGAUGGAAAAGUUUCUCCCGGAGUAUGCCGCCAUCACAGACACCAUCAUCGGACCAGGAGUUAAGACUAGUGCAUGGUCCAUAAACAGUCUAGGCGUCGCCCAAGACUUCAGGGGACGCGGUAUUGGGCGUGCACUCAUUGAAGCGGGUGAAAUUCUCGCGAGGGCUGAUAAAGUUCCCAUGUUCGGAGAAACUGAGCAUAUAGAGAACCUUCGCAUGUUCGAACAUUUAGGUUACGAGCUCAUUGGACAGCAAAGGCUGACCGGAGGCGGACCGGUCAAGGACAUUGAUGUUUAUGUGCUGAAGAAGGAGUUUUAG